AACACUCGACCCAAUCGCAAUUCUCCAAACAUGGCCUCUAGCUCGGGUCUGACAAGAAGAAGAGGAGGUGCUGGUGCCGCCGGUGGUCUCGAAAGUGAAGAUGGCAGCCGUGUCAGCUCCCCCGUGCCUACCAACAAGCGCAACGACGAACACAGAGCCGGAGGUCUGGAGACAUCAUACGAAAGUGGAGAGAACGGUCACAAGAUUGCCUUUGAUCCCCGCGACAUUAGCGAAAGUGCCGAAAGAAACAAGCAGCCCAAGUUGACUCUGAUGGAGGAGAUCUUGCUCAUGGGCCUCAAGGACAAGCAGGGCUACCUCUCAUUCUGGAACGACAACAUCUCGUACGCUCUCCGAGGCUGCAUCGUCAUUGAAUUGGCUUUCCGUGGACGAAUCAGUAUGCAGAAGGACUCCAACCGCAGACGCUUUCCCCUCUCCGAUAGAGUGAUCGAGGUCAUAGAUGACUCGCUCACAGGCGAAGUGUUGCUCGAUGAGGCACUCAAGAUGAUGAAGAGCAGCGAGAAGAUGAGCGUGAGCUCGUGGAUAGACCUUAUGAGCGGAGAGACAUGGAAUCUUAUGAAGAUCGGCUAUCAACUGAAGCAAGUGCGUGAGCGUUUGGCAAAGGGUCUGGUCGACAAGGGCAUUCUGCGUACCGAGAAGCGCAACUUCUUGCUUUUCGACAUGGCUACUCACCCCGUGGCCGAUGGCGGUGCAAAGGACGAGAUUCGUCGCCGUGUCCGUAAUGUUCUGACCAACCGCACCGUCGUACUGCCGCCUACGCAAUACCUGCCCCAGGAAAUGGAGUUCAGAUACUUGCGAACCAUUGCCAUGGUCUGUGGAGCAUACGCAGCUAAUGUCUUGGAGAAUGCACUGACGACACUCGGCCACGAAUCACGCGAGAGGGCCUUCGCACAGGUGGACGAGCUGUUGGCCGAAUACUCACAAUACCCCUUCGCCAGGAGGACAGGAGGACCUGGCAACAUCGGUGCCAAUCUUGGUCAAGUCAUUAUGGAUGAAGUCAACAACGCAAAGGAUAAGGAGCUGCAACUCGAGGUGGUCGCUGCUUGUCUGAGCGUCUUUACGAGAUUGGAUUCACUACUUUAG